AUGGUGUCAUGCAAUACUGAAAAUCAACAUUUGUCGUCUUGGAUGGCUCCUUUCUUCAUAGUUAAUAGUGCGAGGAUUGCACAAGCCAAAAUUCUUCCUGGAGAUGAAGUGAAUGCGCUUCGUGAAAUAGCUAAAGAAUUGGGAAAAGAAGAUUGGAAUUUUGACCUGAACACAUGUGAUGGAGAUCCCAGUUGGAACACAAAUGUACAAGAUCCAAGUUCUCAGUAUAACAACAGUGUUGUUUGUGAUUGCUCGUAUCCUGGCGGUGUUUGUCACGUUGUUGAGAUAUCUGUGAAGGGGCAGGAUCUUGCAGGAGUUCUUCCUCCAUCCCUAGCCAAGUUACCAAAUAUCAAGAUAAUUGAUUUAUCGUUUAAUUACCUAAAUGGCACCAUACCUCCUCAAUGGGCAUCAACAAAGCUGAAAUUCAUAUCUGCUACAGCUAAUCGCUUGACAGGGAGUAUUCCAACAUUUUUGGGCAACAUAACCUCACUUUUAUAUCUGGGACUGGAGAACAACAUGUUCUUUGGAGCUGUUCCUGCUGAGCUUGGAAAAUUAAAAAAUUUAGCAUCUCUGGUCUUGAGUGCUAAUAAUCUCACUGGUAAAUUGCCGGAGGAGCUUAAUUCUCUGACCAAUUUGAUAGAACUCCGGAUAAGUAGCAACAACUUCAGUGGGAAAAUUCCAAACCUUGGAAACUGCACAAAACUUCAGAAAUUAGAGAUCCAAGGUAGUGGUCUAGAAGGACCAAUACCUGAAAGUCUUUCCUUCUUGAGAAAUUUAACAGAACUACGAAUUUUUGAUUUAAGUGGAGAGGGCUCACGUUUUCCAAAUCUGAGUAGGUUGACAAGCUUGAAUAAGUUGAUGUUGAGAAGCUGUAAUAUAACUGGGAGUAUUCCUGGUUAUAUAUCGCAAAUGUUCAAUUUGAGACAUCUAGAUCUCAGUUUCAACAAUCUGAAUGGUGGUAUACCAGAUCUUAGUGAACUGAAUCUUGAAAAAAUGUAUCUGACUGGUAACUCCCUAGACAACAGUUUUCCUACAUGGAUCACCGGUAAUCUUGUAGUAGAUCUUUCCUACAAUAACUUCAGUAAAAACACGGUACCACGAGUUUGUGGUGAAUCACUGAACUUAUUCAGAAGCUACUCUAGUGGGAAUGACUCAGACCUUGGGAAAUGCCUUAGCACCCGUCCUUGCUUAAAGGACUACUAUUCAGUUCAUAUAAAUUGUGGAGGGCCACGAGUUACCAUUGGAAACAAGACUUAUGAAGCAGAUGAAGAUUCAGGUGGACCUGCAAAUUUUGUUCCUUCAAGUGAUCAUUGGGGAUAUAGUAACACAGGAAGCAUGUGGUCUGCGAAUGACAGUGUUGCAAAUUAUAUCGAAACUAAUGCAUCUAUACUCACUAUGAAUGGCUAUGAACUUUAUACGAAGGCUCGCCACACGCUCCUGUCUCUCACUUACUAUGGUCGUUGCUUAGCAAAUGGAAAGUAUACUGUGACUCUGCAUUUUGCUGAGAUAGUUUUCAGAGAUAAACAAUCUUACCAGAGUCUUGGAAGACGUGUUUUUGAUGUUUAUGUUCAGGGUGUAAACAUAUUGAAGAAUUUUGAUAUCAAGAUUGAAGCAGGCGGGGUUGUUAAGGAAGUAUAUAAAACCUUAAAAGGCAUACGUGUUACUAAUAAAACAUUAGAAAUCCGGUUCCAGUAUGCUGGAAAAGGUACAACAGCUGUUCCAAUUAGAGGAGUGUAUGGCCCUUUGAUAUCUGCCAUUUCUAUGGAGGCUGAGUUCAAGCCUCCAGCUCAUGGCAAAAAAUAUACAUUUGUCAUCAUUGGAGCGGUGGCUGCAUUGUUGUGCCUCAGUCUCAUAGUUCUUGGCAUCGCAUGGAAGAGGGGUUAUAUGGGGGACCAAAAUUCAAGAGAAAAAGACCUAAGAGGAUUGGAUCUGCAGACUGGUGCAUUCACAUAUAGACAAAUCAAGGCUGCCACUGACAAGUUUGCUGAUUCAAAUAAACUUGGGGAGGGUGGUUUUGGGUCGGUUUACAUGGGUACCCUAUUAGAUGGAACUCCAAUUGCUGUGAAGAAACUCUCUUCGAAAUCAAAGCAAGGAAAUCGUGAAUUUGUGAAUGAAAUAGGCAUGAUAGCUGGUAUACAACACCCAAAUGUUGUAAGGCUAUAUGGCUGUUGUGUGGAAGGCAACCACCUACUACUUGUUUAUGAGUACAUGGAGAAUAAUUCUCUAGCACAUGCGCUAUUUGAGCACAAUAACUCUAAGUUGGAAAGUGAUUGGCCUACAAGACAAAGAAUUUGUGUUGGCAUUGCAAAAGGCUUGACAUUCCUUCACGAGGAUUCGGUGCUCAAAAUGGUUCAUAGGGACAUCAAGGCUUCAAAUGUACUCUUGGAUGCUGACCUUACACCAAAGAUCUCAGAUUUUGGUUUGGCCAAACUUGAUGAAGAAAAAAACACUCACAUUACCACUAGAGUUGCUGGAACUAUAGGAUAUAUGGCACCAGAAUAUGCAUUAUGGGGCUACUUAAGCUACAAAGCAGAUGUAUACAGUUUUGGGGUUCUUGCUCUAGAAAUUGUUGCAGGAGAAAAUAAUAUUAAAUAUCGGCCAACUGAAGAUUAUUUUUGUCUUCUUGAUUGGGCCGUUGUUCUGAAACAAAAGGGGAGUUUGAUAGACUUGGUGGAUCCAAGAUUGGGCUCCGGAUUCAACAAAAAAGAGGCAGUGAGGAUGAUCAAAAUUGCUCUAUUAUGCACUAAUAAGUCCCCAGCUCUUAGGCCUACCAUGUCUGAAGUAGUUAAUAUGCUUGAGGGUCGUAUCAAAAUCAAGGAACCUAACAUGAAAGUAAUUACGUCUGAAGAGGAGAUUGUGAUUGGAGAAAUUGGACGGACGUUUAAAGAGAUGAAACCCCAUGAGUCUGUUCAAACAGUGAUUUCUAUUGAGGCAACAGCUUCCAGCUCAAACAGCCGGCCUGUAUCCCAAUAGUAAAAAAUUCUGAAAAAUGUUGACAUGUACUAGAGUAAGCAUUAGUAUCAUAGUCAAGUUCUUUAUACUAAUAUAAAUGAGAUGUUUAUAUUUCAUUUUAAGGAUUUUAAAUAUCUUGCUGUGACACUAAUACAGUAUAUUUGAAGCAUAUAGUUGUAUACAUGUGUGCAUAGAAACAGUC